CGCUUACGCGACUGACCUACCCAAUUCUGAAAAUCUCUCUCUAUCUUGUUCGUCGCAACGGAGAGAUGGGUAUCGAUUUGGAAUCGGUGUCGGAAGCGACCUCCGGAGCCAUUGGGUCGCUUCUGAGUACAACAAUUUUGUAUCCACUUGAUACAUGUAAAUCAAAGUUUCAAGCCGAGGUUCAAGCUCGAGGUCAGCAAAAAUACAGAUAUCUUUCAGAUGUUAUGUGGGAGGCGAUAUCUAAAGGACAAGUCUUUUCGCUGUAUCAAGGCCUUGGAACCAAGAAUUUUCAGUCUUUUAUUUCUCAAUUCAUCUACUUUUAUAGCUAUAGCUAUUUCAAGAGGGUUCAUAGUGAAAGGACUGGUUCUAAAUCAAUUGGAACGAAGGCGAACUUGCUUAUUGCUGCUGCUGCUGGGGCUUGUACUUCUGUCUUAAUUCAGCCUCUAGAUACAGCUUCAUCAAGGAUGCAAACGAGUGAGUUUGGGGAGUCAAAAGGGUUGUGGAAGACCUUAACAGAGCGUACAUGGAGAGAUGCAUUUGAUGGCCUAGGGAUCUCCCUUUUAUUGACUUCAAAUCCUGCAAUUCAGUAUACGGUGUUCGAUCAGCUGAAACAGCACCUUCUUAAGCAGAAAAACGCACAAACUGAGAACAGUUCUUCUCCGGUAGUGCUCUCUGCCUUUAUGGCAUUUGUGUUAGGUGCUGUCUCCAAAAGUGUUGCCACCGUGCUCACAUAUCCAGCAAUCAGGUGCAAGGUGAUGAUUCAAGCUGCGGAUGACUCGAAGGAAAACGAAACUAAGAAGCCCAGAAGAAGGACAAGGAAAACAAUUCUAGGGGUUGUCUAUGCCAUAUGGAGAAAAGAAGGGAUGUUAGGGUUCUUUAAGGGAUUGCAGGCUCAGAUCUUAAAGACUGUCCUGAGCUCAGCAUUGCUAUUGAUGAUCAAGGAAAAAAUCACUGCAACUACAUGGAUUCUCAUUUUAGCUAUCCGUAGAACUCUGUUUCUCACAAAGGGCAAGUUGAAAAGUCCUUGAGACUCUGCAAAUCUGUUUUCCACCAGGCAAAUUAAGGACAGGCUUGCGGGUAGAUCGCAUUUUGUUCUCUUAUCUAUGAUUCGCGCGGGAAAGAUCUCGGUUUGGCAAUUUGUACUGAAAAAAAUUCUAAUACAAGCUUUUGUUGGGAUGAAAUGAAUGAAUGAAGCAAAGAGUUGAUGACUCCUAGUCUUUGUUUCCUUUUUAGUUGUAAUUACUUCCUUGUAAUUAGUUGAUGAAUAUUGGUUGUUGCCUAGGCGUAUUUUUUGUAUCGGAUGUCCCCGAAGGGACGAUUGUGUAGGCGUAUAGGCGGGCAUUGAUGUAAUAUGAAAUGAUUCUUAAGAAA